AUGUGUCCAACCACUUUAUCUCACCAUCAAGUCUUCAGUAAUAACUCACAAAUAAUCAGCAUCAGCUCUCGACAAGGAUGUCUUCCCCUCAUUGACCGACAACCUUUACGGCCAUCGCCACAUAUACACUGUACACGUCGCGAUUCUGCCGUGGCGUACCUAAACGCCCGUUUCAUUCACCUACACCAACUGCAACUGCAAACUGCACAGGUCGUGCAAGUACAGGAACUCGCGGACGGCGGGGUUUCGUCAGCAGCGGGACACAAGAACGACCCCACCUACAAGCUUCCUUCCCGGAAUCUCUGUACAUCGUACCUUGAAGUCGAGAAAAGAAUGACAGAAAUAGCCAAUAUUCAGUGGCUGAUCUUUGAUAUUGAUGGGAACGAGUUUGAUCAUUGCCCUGGCCGCUCGGCCGCUCGGCCACGCGCUCCACACGGCCAAUCGCCAGUGUUCUGGAAGUGCGGACAGUUGUCGCCCCAAAGCCCUGGCAGCGGCCGCCCUUUUACGAUUCAAGUCACUGGCACUGGCACCUGCGCCGCCAGACUGUCAAUGAAUCACCAAACCCGUGCGAUGCGAUCAGACCACUAUCGCCGACACGAGAUGGCCCAUAUCCGCGGAGUCUGCCCGUCUUUGGCCUCGCUCGGUUGCUCCAGAGCCCAGCACCAAACCGACCUUGACCAUGGGUGA